AUGACUUCCGAAGAUGAGAAAGAAUCCUUCAAGCCCAUACACUACAAUGGCACUCAUGAUGAUCCCCUCCCACAUUCACAGUCACAGCCGCAGCUGCACGCACAGCAGCAGCAGCAGCAAAUAGAAACAGAAGAGGCUUCACCAGCCGUCCAGGGCAGACCAUGGAUGUACAACCCCAUCAAAGUCGGCCCCUGGACUCUCCCCUGGUACUACGCAUCCCCCGAAACUCAACUAAUCAUGGUCUCAUUCGUCUGCUUCCUCUGCCCUGGCAUGUACAAUGCUGUCAGUGGCCUGGGCGGAGGCGGACAGGUGAAUUUCAAAGACGUCAACAACGCAAACACAGCGCUGUAUAGCACGUUCUCCGUUGUAGGGUUUUUCGCAGGCUCGAUCACAAAUAAGAUUGGGUUGAAGUUGACGCUGUCAUUUGGCGGGUUUGGGUAUUUCUUAUACGUGGCGUCUCUGCUUUCGUAUAAUCACAAUCAGAAUGUGGGCUUUCUGGUCUUUGCUGGCGCGCUGCUCGGUGUAUGUGCGGGAUUGUUGUGGUGUGCUCAGGGGGCUAUUAUGAUGAGUUAUCCUUUGGAGAAUCAGAAGGGCUCAUUUAUUGCUACCUUUUGGAUUAUUUUCAACUUAGGUGGAGUGAUUGGUAGUUUGAUCCCCCUAGGGCAAAACAUCCACUCGACAGCCGGCGAGGUCAAUGACGGCACAUAUAUCGCAUUCAUGGUCCUCAUGGCAGUCGGCUUCGUGCUCGCCUGGGGCCUGUCCGACUCGAAAUACAUCAAAAGAAAAGACGGCUCCCGAGUCAUCGUCAUCAAACAACCCACCUGGACGACCGAAAUCAAGGGCCUAUUCGAAACCCUUCGAGACGACUACUACAUCGUUCUCCUCUUCCCCAUGUUUUUGGCAAGCAACUGGUUUACUGCAUACCAAUUCAAUGCCGUGAACGGUUUCUAUUUCAACAUCCGCACGCGCUCCUUAAACAGUCUGCUCUACUGGCUGUGCCAGAUGAUUGGCGCGUAUGUGUUUGGACGCUUGCUAGACCUGAAAUUCCUCUCGCGCACUGUGCGCGCAAAGCUGAAUUUGGCGCUUCUGUUCGCUCUGACGAUGGGUAUUUGGGGCGGCGGUUAUGCGUUUCAGAAGACGUAUGAUCGCCACUCUUCGAAGCCGGAUAUGGACUGGAGUACGCCGGGCUAUGUAGGACCGAUGUUUUUGUACAUGUUUUAUGGGUUCUAUGAUGCCUCUUUUCAGACUUGCACAUACUGGUUCAUGGGCUCUUUGAGUAACAACAGUCGCAAACUUGCCAAUUUCGCCGGUUUCUACAAAGGAAUCCAGUCUGUUGGGCAGGCGAUUACGUGGCGUAUGGAUGCGCUGAGCACGUCCUAUCUGCGAGAAUUCGCUGCUUGCUGGGGAAUCCUGGCCGGAUCCCUCCUGAUUGCGUCUCCGGUUGUCUUCUUCAAGAUCAAGGAUCACACCGAUGUUGAAGAGGAUUUGAAGUUCUCCGAUGAGACCUUGAAAGAGGUCCAGGCUCGUGAUCAGACCCAGACUCUCGCUCUGGCUGAGAUGCCGGGUGAGAAGUAG